AUGUCAUAUCCACUCAACGUUCUCUCUCUCUUUGUCUCUCUCUCCCAUCUCUCUCUCUCUCUCUCUCUCUCUCUCUCUCUCGAGCGCGCGCGCGUUCUCUCUGUGUCAUUCAGUAACCAUAGCAGUAGUUCUACGUCAUCUGCCCACUCUCCUCUCUCUCUCUCUCUCUCUCCCACUUUUUAUCUAUCUAUCUAUCUAUCUAUCUAUCUAUCUAUCUAUCUAUCUAUCAUGAACACUUUCUCACACAUAUAUUUUCGUAUCUAUUUAUCUAUUUUUUCUUUCUCUAUGUCUGUUUCGAUUUUAUUUUUCUCUGCAUAUAUCUAUAUUCCUAUCUAUCUAUCUAUCUAUCUAUCUAUCUAUCUAUCUAUCUAUCUAUCUAUUGCAGUCUGUUCCCUAUCUAUCUAUCUAUCUAUCUAUCCCAGUUUGUUCAUUAUCUAUCUAUCUAUCUAUCUAUCUAUCUAUCUAUCUACUUAA